UCCUCCGUGACUUCUUUGACUGGUUGUGCUUUGUUCAGACUCCCUAGCAGUCUAGCUAGUCAUUUUGCCAUCUCCUCUACACUCUGAUCUUGCUUUUCAUCUUCAUUCAACUCACCAUCUUUGCUGCUCUGCACACGACUCGAUCAGAGGCCUAAAACAGAGUUUCUAGUUGUUUCUUGAUAAGAAUGGAGAUUGUUAUUGCGAUUGCUGCCAAAAUUGUUGAGUAUACGGUUGCACCAGUUGGACAAUGGCUAUGUUACUCAUUUCGCUACAGCAACAACAUUGGGAGUGUGAAGUAUCAGGUAGAGAAGUUGCGGCUUGCUAGAGAUAGCAUGCAACAUUCCAUUGAUGUGGCGAUAAGAAACGGUGAAGAAAUUGAAGGUGAAGUUAACAAGUGGUUGAAAGAGGUGGAUGAGAUUACAGAAUUGGCCAGGAAAGUUCUUGAAGGUGAAGAAGAAGCAAAGAUGAAGUGUUCUAAUGGGGCAUGCUUGAACUUGAAGGUGCGGCAUCAGUUAAGCCAUAAAGCAGCAAAGAUAGUGAAAGAUAUUGGGGAAGUUCUGAAAAAUGGGAGUUUUGACAGAGUUUCGUACCGGCCUGCUCCACAGGGGAUAGUGACUACGAGAUAUGUAAAUUACAUGGACUUUGAGUCAAGAAUGUCAACUGUGAAGGGACUUAUGGAGGCACUGGGAGAUGCUAACAUCAAUGUGAUUGGUAUGUGGGGGAUGCCUGGUGUUGGAAAGACUACACUAGCGAGAGUAGUUGCCAAUCAAGCCAAGGAAGAAAAGUUAUUUGAUGAGGUGGCCAUGGCCGAUGUGACGCAGAGCCCAGACCUUAGAAAAAUUCAAGGAGAAAUUGCGGACAUGCUAGAUCUAAAGUUUGAUAAGGAGACUGUACUCGGAAGAGCAAUUCGUCUACGUGAGAGAUUAUCACAACACAGGAAGAUACUUGUAAUCUUAGAUGAUAUAUGGGUGAAACUUGAUUUUGAGAAGAUAGGAAUUCCUUCUGAGGGAUGCAAGGUAUUACUGAUAUCCAGAAAUCGAGAUGUAUUUUGUGAAAUGGGCACCCAAAAGGAUUUUCGACUUGAAAUUUUACCUGAAGAAGAAGCAUGGAAUUUACUUGAGAACAUGGCAGGUGAUUAUGUUAAAGACCCUAAUUUUCGAUGCGUGGCAACGGAGGUAGCUAAAGAGUGUGAAGGUCUACCUCUUGCAAUUGUAACAGUUUCUAAGGCAUUAAAAAAUAAGACUUUAUCUGAAUGGAAGGAUGCCUUGAAGCUACUAAGAAGUCCCGCUCCUGGACACCUCACAAGAAUGCAGAAAACUAUAUAUUCUUCUAUAGAGCUGAGUUAUAGUCAUCUUGAAAGUGAAGAGGUUAAAUAUUUCUUUUUGCGUUGUGCUCAAAUGGGUUUCUUCAUCCACUAUAAGGACUUAUUGAAAUACUGUUAUGGUUUGGGUUCAUUUCAUGGCAUCAAUACAUUGGAAGAUGCGAGAAACAGAUUAAAUAGACUAGUUCGUAAUCUGAAAGACUCUUGUUUGUUGCUAGAUUGUCCUCAUAGUUCUAAAGAGUUUCAUAUGCAUAUGCAUGACGUUGUUCGUGACGUUGCUACAUUAAUUGCAUCAAAGGAUCACGAUAUUAUUAUCGUGAGAGAUGAUGAUGGGCUAAAAGAAAGGCUAGAUGUGGAUGCACUCAAAAGAUGCAAGGAAUUCUCAAUGCAUGGUGGAGAUUUCCAUAGACUUCCUGAUGAAAUGGAAUGCCCAGAAUUAAGAUUCCUUUGUAUGAAUGGGGGAGGUCAUUCUUUGCCAAUCCCAUACACUUUCUUUCAAGGGAUGGGAAGGCUCAAAGUUUUGGAUUUGACACAAAUGCAACUUUCACCACUUCCUUCAUCACUUCCUCUCCUUAGAAACCUGCGAACUUUGUGUCUGGAUGGUUGUGUAUUAGGAGACAUAGCUGUAAUUGGAGAGCUCAAAAAUUUAGAAAUUCUUAGCCUUCUUAAAUCCCACAUUUGGCAAUUGCCAAGGGAAAUAGGAUUGUUGACUCGUUUACGAUUGUUGGAUUUGAGCCAUUGUUCCAAACUUGAAGUGAUUCCACCUAAUGUCCUAUCAAGCUUGGUCGCAUUAGAAGAGUUGUAUAUGGGAAACAGUUUUGUUCAAUGGGAGGCUGAAGGACUCAACAAUGCUAGCCUUGCUGAGCUAAAGAAUUUGUCACAUUUGAUCACUUUAGAGAUACAUAUUCCAGAUGAGAGCAAUCUUCCAAAAGAUCUGUUGUUUGAGAAGUUAGAAAGAUAUGUAAUAUUGGUAGGAGACGUAUGGGACUGGCCUGAUAAUCAAGGAGAAGCCUCAAGAAUAUUAAAACUCAAGCUGAAUACAAACUUCCAAUCCGCGGUUGGGAUUAAAUUAAUGCUAUUGAUCAAGAGAACGGAAAAUCUUUACUUAGAUGAGUUAAAGGGUGUUACGAGUGUUCUAAACGAAUUCGAUAGAGAAGGUUUUCAACAACUGAAGCAUCUCCAUAUUCAAAAUAAUUCUGAGAUUAAGUAUAUUAUUAACUCGAGCAUGUUAAUGGAUAUUACCUUUCUUGCUUUGGAGACAAUUCUUCUGGAAAAUAUGACAGGCUUGGAAGAAAUAUGUCAUGGCCAACUUCCUAGCUUGAGAUCCUUUGGUAACUUGAGAAUUGCAAAAGUUGAACGUUGUGAUAAAUUAAAAUUUGUCUUCUCAUCAUCCAUAGCAAGGGGCCUUUCUCAACUGGAACAAUUGGAGAUAAGAGAAUGUAGCAUCAUGGAAGAGAUACUUGUCACAGAAGAAUUAGGCGCAGCAGAAGAAACAAUUCUUAAGGUGUUAUUCCCUCAGCUGAAAUUCCUAAUCCUAAAAGAACUUCCAAUCCUAAAAAGAUUUUGCAAAGGAAUUAAUAUCAAAUUUUCAUCCUUGAAGCAUUUAGUGAUAGACAAUUGCCCUAAAUUGAAGACAUUCAUAUCAAAACCUGUUAGUUUGGGCAUGACGAUCAAUAAAGAACCCGAGGAAAUGAAUGCAGAUGAGAGCCCUCAUACUCUUGUGCAACCUCUCUUCGAUGAAAAGGUUGCCUUCCCUAGUUUGGAAUAUUUGUCAAUUUCCCACAUGGAUGACUUGAAAAUCUUAUGGCACACUCAAUUGGCCGUGGAUUCCUUUUACAAGCUCCAGCGCAUACAUGUUAGACUUUGUGAAAAUCUUGUGAACGUCUUUCAAUCUGAUACACUGACAAGAUUUCAAAGUCUAGAAGAACUUCUCGUAAGAGAUUGUGGCUCACUGCAAGAAGUAUUUGAACUGCAAGGGCUAAAUGUUACAAAAAUGCAAGCUGUAACCACCAUUCAGUUGAAAAUUUUGGGUUUGUUUUGUCUACCCAAUAUGAAGCAUGUAUGGAGUGAAGACCCCAAACCAAUUUUCAGCUUUCAAAAUCUAAAAAUAGUACGUGUUUUGGGAUGUACGAGUUUGAAAGGUUUAUUUCCAGCCUCCGUGGCUACAUGUCUCACACAAUUGGAGCAACUUAUGAUAGAUUUUUGUUACGAACUGGAGGAAAUUAUUGCAGGGGAAAAAGUGGCACAACCAAUAGCUAAGUUCUUCUUCCCUGAAGUAAGAGUCCUGCAUCUUUUAAAUCUACCAAGACUCAAGUGGUUUUACCGAGGAGUUCAUACUUCAGAAUGGCCAAAGCUGAAAGUUAUGUUGGUGGGUUGGUGUCCAAAGAUUGAGAUACUCGCUUCUGAACUUUUAAGCUUUCAAGAUAUAGUUGGAGAGAGGCAAGUUGGGAUCUCCGUUAAACAACCCCUUUUCUUGGUUGAUGAUAAGGUCCCAUUCCCUCUUUUGGAAAAAUUGAGAAUCUCCUGCAUGACGGACUUGAAGAUUAUAUGGCAUAACAAACAUUUCACUGCAAAUUCCUAUUGCAACCCUCACACAAUAUUGAAAUUUGAGUUCUGUGAAAAUCUUGUUGUUCAAGAAACAUGUGUUUUUCCAGCCACUCAAUUAAAAGAAUUGCAUCUUCUUUAUCUGCCAAAACUGAAGCAUAUAUGGAAUAAGGACCCCCAACAAAUUUCCAACUUCCAAAAUCCAAUUGAAGUACAUUAUGACUUUCCUGCAAUGAAGGAUGUUCAGUUUGACGGGCAUAGCGUCGCGGAAAUUAUUUCAGAGGAACUAUAACUCGAGGGUUUUCUCUGAGAGUUCACACUUCAGAAUGGCCGUUGUUGAAAGAAUUGGACAUUUACUAAUGUUAUCAAGUUGAGGUAUUUGCUUCAAAGUUUUUGAGUUUUCAAGAAACAGUUCAACGGAGCCAACUUGAGACCUCCAUUUCACGCCUUCUAUUCUUGGUUGAAAAGGAAAGAGGCUAAUCAACAAGAUCUACUUAAUGAUUGUAGUUUUGGAAAUUUCUUUUUUUUACAAUUUAAAUUGCUCUUACACCUCCUUUUAUUUCAGUUCAUUCACAGAGCUUGCUAGCUGUCACAUCAUUUUGUGUAGACGCUUUCAAAUGUACUCAAAGUAGAGUGCUAGCUCUUUGAUCUUUAACUUCUUGAGAGAAUUGAACGCCAUUUAUUGUGUUAAGACAGUUUCCAAUCUGGUUACACAAGCUUCAGGAUAAUUGAUUUUGUCCUUUCCCUACAAAAUAGUAUGCUCGAUAAGGAUGCUUGCUGGGAGUGUCAGCUGGUCCCACUCCGAUGCUUAAGUCAGUUCUUUGAAUAAUAUUUAU